AUGGCUCGAACAAAGAUCACAGCUCGUCAGUCCACCGGAGGGAAGGCUCCCAUGAAGCAGCUUAGGGCUUUCUAUGCUGCGGCUCGCAAGACUGCUCCCGCAGCCGGAGGAGUGAAGAAGCCUCGCCGAUACCGCCCUGGAACUGUUGCCCUACGUGAAAUAUGCAAGUAUCAGAAAGGAACUGAACUGCUCAUAAGGAAGAUGCCCUUUCAGAUGCUUGUCCGGGAGAUUGCUCAGUCUUCCAAGAGUGACCUACGUUUCCAGAGCUAUGCGGUUCUAGCUCUGCAAGAGGCGGCGGAAGCGUACCUAGUGGGUCUGUUUGAGGACACCAAUCUAUGUGCUGUCCAUGCCAAGCGUGUGACCAUCAUGUCUAAAGACAUUCAACUGGCUAGGAGGAUCCGUGGUGAAAUAAUGUAA